GCAACAGGUGCCAACACAGGCACCUGUUGCUUCGACACCCCGUCUGUCACACAGAACUCAAAGGUCUGUCAUCGAUAGUUCAUCGCAAGAACAAGAAACAACAAACCGAUAAACACCAAAAUAUUUCCUCCACCACCAACAGCAGCAUCCUCUCCAUCCGUACUAUAUAAUUACGAAACGCUUCUGCCGCUGGAAGACCGUCACGUGACCAGCCGGAGCGGUUUCCACUCGACAGACGGUCGCGAACAACAGCGAAAGUGCCAUGCAGCUCCGUCCGAUCCUGCUGCUGGCGUUGACAUACCACGUGACGGGGGCGCGAACGCAAAGUCACCCCCAAGUCAGUCCGGAAUAUGCGCGUAGUCCACGAGAUGAUGCGCGUAGUCCGUUGAAAGAUGCGCGUAGUCCGUUGAAAGAUGCGCGUAGUCCACAAAAAUCGGAGGGUGGCGGUCAUUUUCUGCGUAAGCAUUGGGGGAUGCACAGACACGGUAGCAGGGCUGUAAAGGAUGGCGAUAGGGCGUGGAAAAGUGGUGAUUUGGAGAGGAUGGUGGUGGAUUCUGACACGGGGGUGCAGUACAACCCUUACAGCAAGCAUCAUCCGGGGCGUCACGUGUGCACAAGGAACUCUGACCGUCCCAUGAAGUCCAAACAGGCAUACUGUAAGCCCACUUACAAAAAUUACGUUAUUAAGUGUCAAGGAGAUCAGAUAUGCAAAGGAGUGAGGUUGGUUUAUGAAACCCAUUACAAAGACGUAGCUACAAAAUCCAAUAAUGAGAUCAUUUACGCCUGUUGCCCCGGAUGGAAUCAAAUAGGACACAGAAAUCAUGGAUGCAACAAACCUAGUUGCAGUAGGCCGUGCCUGAACGGCGGAAGAUGUGUGAAGCCGGAUCUGUGUGCAUGCUUGAAAGGAUUUUCCGGGCAGCAAUGUGAGAUCGAUAUGGCUAUUCCAACCUGCCAAAAACCUUGUUUGAAUGAAGGAAAAUGUGUGAAAGGAGGUAUAUGCAGCUGUCCAAAAGGAUUUGGAGGAGUUCAAUGUGAAAUAGAUCUAAAUAAGCCCCGAUGCAGGGCCGGCUGCGAAAACGGCGGCACAUGCGUACGUCACGAGGUAUGCCGAUGUCCGAUCGGCUUUUCCGGUCGCCAUUGCGAAACGGACGUGGACGAAUGCCUGGAAGAGAAACCGUGCGACCACAUCUGUCACAAUUCGCUCGGCAGCUACGAGUGUCAGUGCAAAGAGGACUUUACGCUGCAAAGCGACGGCCAGUCGUGCCGGAAGGAAGGUGAUGAAGGUGGAUUGGAAGCCAAAGAUUUAGAAUUUGAGAUUUUGGACAAAAGGCUAUUGAAACUGGAAACCAUGAUGGACGAGAGUCACAAAAACGACGUAUCAAAAGGAGAUUUGGAUAACGUCUACAAAGAUAUGAGUUCCAUUUCCAGAGAUAUCGGUUCUUUAAAGAAUAAACUGAAUGAUGUUGAGAAUUAUAAGAAUGAUUUGCACAUAUUCAAAAACAAGCUGAAUACUAUAGAGAAGAAAGCUGAAAAAGUGGACGAGCUCGUACUGAAAUAUGACAGAAUGAAGAAGUGUGCCUUUUACAAUAAAAUUUGUAUCUGAGACUUGCGACUGAUACUAUUAGAAUAUGAAAAAUCUGUGCAUAUGUAAAUUUUAUGGAUUAAGUAAUUUAGAUAGGUUUAGACACUGCCAUUGUAUUAUUAUUCUUUUUUACCUUUUUAUUUUAAAUAAAGAACCAAUCUUUUA